GUCUGACUGCUGUAGCUUUAGCUUUAGCCUGAGCUCCGUCCCUCUAGCGGCUGUGAGCGGAGGGGAGACGCCUUUCUACAUGCUCACCGGGGCUUCUGCUUCUCUAUACUCCACCUUUCACCUCUAAAACAUGGAUUUUGGGGAUCUCUUUGACGAGCGGACCUUUCCCUUCUCCGACUUUCAAGAGUUUACGUUUCUCCCUGGACAUCAGCAGCUGGCAGACCGAGUCCGGAAGCGCCUGUAUUACGGCCUUGAUCCGGACACUUCUCUGGACGCGCUGUCCUGCCCUGUCACCGAUAUCGCCGUUGAACUGCUCCAGAAAUCUGCCCCAAGCCCGAUACGGAAGCUCCACAAGAAAUAUGCCGCACAUGUAGCCAGAGAAGCAUGCAUCUCCCCGUGCGCUAUGAUGUUGGCCCUGGUUUACAUUGAAAGGCUCCGACACAGAAACCCAGAGUACCUGCAGCAGAUCUCCUCCUCCGACCUCUUUCUGAUAUCCAUGAUGGUGGCCAGCAAAUAUUUGUACGACGAAGGAGAGGAAGAGGAGGUUUUCAAUGACGAAUGGGGUGCAGCCGGCAAGUUGGACGUGCAGACUGUCAACACCCUGGAGUUGAAUUUCCUCAGUGCUAUUGAUUGGAGUCUGUUCACUGAGCCCAGUGAGUUAUUUAAUGUACUCAACCAACUUGAGACCAGCAUUGCGGAACGGCAGGGCAUGAAGCGGGGCUGGUUUACUUACACAGACCUGUGUGUGCUUCUGGAGCAGUCCAACUGGAGGCAGGCGCUAACGGCCAUCUAUCAGCACUUUGCCAAGGUCACAUGUAUGCUGGGUCUCCUCUACUUGACCAGCGUGGCCGGACUCAUCGCAGCCUCAGCCGUCCUGCACCAGCUCAGCACCAGCCGCUAUCCUCUUGUCCCGGUCGACGUGAUGAACCCUGCCCUCCUCCAGCCCCCUGAACGUAUCUCCAGCCUUCAAACACACACCCCCUCCACAGCCCCCCAUCGUCACUGCUGUGUCUUAGGUAACGAAAGCCAAAAACCCCGUGUUCCCAUCUCGCCGGAUUUUCACCACCAUCACCAUGGCCCGUCCUCACACUCUACCUUCCCUCAGAACUCUGCGUUCUCUCUGUUCGGUUCCCUCUUCUCGGCCCUCGCUUCUUCGGACCCCUCCCCACAGGAGUGCACCGACCCCCUGUUCUUCUGUCACGGUCACCUGGACGUUUUUUCCCCGUCGCAGUGCGGGGCUCGUAACGUUUCCACAAACCAUCACUCGUCCUGGUACAACUGGUUCGCUACACCGUGGCUGUCUCCUGCUCUGCUAAGUGAGGGUCCUUUAAUCCCGGUGGCCACCCUCCAGAGACGCCCUUGUUCCCCCGAGACCGCACUGCCUUUUGGGAAAUCCCCAGCGCUCCUCAUACCUGCUUAAAGAUGGGCCGCCAAACCCCUGCUCAUGGUCGCGGAAUCAUACCAGCUUGUCUUUUAGACUCUCCUGAUUUAUAAUACCUCCCUUGGUUUUUCUAUGGGGUUUCUAUACUUAAAACCUUCUAAUGCCCAGAGCACAGCGACCCAGCGUUCUCCAACAAACACCAGCAAAUGUGCAUGUGAUUGUCGGGAGUGUUAAGAAUGUUCUUCCUCAUUCACAUGGCUUUUGAAGUUCUAGAUUCUAGGGUAGUAUAAACUGCCCACAUUGGGUUGUUGGUGUUUGUUGGUAAAUGUUAAGUCUUUAAAAGUCUUUAAAAGCACUUAGGCCCCAUCGGCGAUUGGCCGGUGGUCGUGGUCGUACCCCUGUCUUGCACAUUUGAAUAUUUUCUUGCUUGAACUCAGCCACUCGACUUAGAACGAGCUUAUUUAUAAGCUAAUACAUUGGAUCAGGCAUCUAAGACGUUAACAUACCAGGAUUAGGAACCCUUACAAUAGGCUAAGGAUACCGAUAGGAAGCUGCAAUUGUAAAUAAGUUAUAUGGGUUGAAUACGAGAUAAAAGUUUGGUGGGUGUAAAGAAGCUACCUGUAAGGUGUCCACGUUAGUGAAGGCUAUGGUCUUCACAAAACUUUUUAAAACUUAAACGAGGCAUUAACCUUCGUUAAUCUCAUUGGAAAAUCUCUCCAAAGGCCAGUUUAGCUCUUGUGCCAAAUUCGUUAUAACUUGGCCUCUGUGAUUGUUUAUUGCACCAUGCAGAUGUGCAUUUGCAAUAAGUUUCGGGAGCUUUUACAGGUUAGUUUUGCUUGGCAUCUUCUUUCAUUUGAAUCCUACCUUGACUUUGUCUCCCUGAUUUAAGUUAGCUUUUUCCACAACAGCGCAUUUUAACCAUUUUGGUGUGUUGCCUUUUUUAUAUAACACAUUUAUAUAGGAAUAUUUCACAUCCUAAAAUGUUGACAGAAGUGCGCACAAGCACAGGAAACGACGAGUGAGGAAUUUUUUUGUUUGUUAGUUGUUUUAACUUGAAGUAUGUAACUCUGGUUUGGAAAUGGUUUGCGAGUGGAUUCUGUUAUGGACGUUAUGCUCUUGAGGAGGGGAUUGUAAUGUUGUCCAUUGCCAGUGAACGAGCAUCUACUGCUGGAUUGGUUCAGGUUUAGUUUUUGUUUUAAUUUUUAUAGCAAACAUAAGGUAAUAGGAACGUAAUAGGUUCAUACAACUGUUCUAUUUUGUUCUGUUUUAUUACAAAAAACUGAACAUUAAAUCAUCUGCAGUCUGUUACUGUUAUUUUUUUUAACCUUCUUCUACUUUAGCGAACUUUCUGAUUUCUCCUGCAGGAUUUUUCGUCCACCACGGCUGCGGUCAGUAAGAUAAUACAGCCGUGUGUGGAUGUUAAACCACGCAAAGCAUUGAAAGCUCAGUUUCAGGAUGGCUCUAUCAGGCUGGCUGGACUACCGCUAAGUUGCUGAUGAGGCUGAGGAAGGGUGAAUAUGGCUUUUCUAAUGAGCUGGAUAACUUGCUGAGGUUCUAAAAUCAUUCCUUAGGGCCUCCCAGAAGGUCCACAUUUUUGCUCCAACCCAACUUGCACCACAUGAAGAUGAAGGAAAAAUGGACCUUCUGGUGGGCCUAAGGACCGAUGUGGAAACCGUGGACAUAAACGAGUAGUUUGGCCCACAAUCUACUUUAUUUUCCCCUGUAAUUUUACAGUAUUUUUCUCUUACUCCAAAUGUAGUCAGCCAAGACAUGCUUGGUGUCUGAAGUUUGCUUCUCUAGUUUUGCGUUAGAGCUAAUACAGCUAACAAGCAGUGAACCAUUUUUAUAGGUUGUGAGUUCUUUUAAUUCUUUUUAUAGUCUGUUUUUAUUUAACCGGACUGAGCUAACGUUGUAUUUAGGCUUGGUGCUAAUUGGUAACUCUAAGCCUGUUAGCUACAUUGUGCUGCACUCGACUAGAACUCGUACCUCAGAAUUUCCGACCUCCAACUAGAAACACCUGCUCAGUUGGGAAUUCCUUCUCGGAAAGUUGGGAAGUCACAAUUAUGAAACGCUAAGUCAGAGUUAUGAUAAAGUAAGUCAUAAUUAUAAGAUGCUAAAGUCAUAAUUAUAAGGUGCUACGUCAUAGGAAAGUAAGUCACAAUUAUGAAAUGCUAAGUCAUAAUUAUGAGAAAGUGAGUCAUAAUUAUAAGAUGCUAAAGUCAUAAUUAUAAGGUGAAUUUCCGACCUCCAACUAGAAACACCUGCUCAACUGGGAAUUCCUACUCGGAAAAUUGGGAAUUCAGCGAAUGAUGCCACAUCAGAAUGGCUGCUCACUCAGUCAAUAGUAAUAAAGUACCAGUUUUAAAUGAAGUUUGCUUCAGAGCAGACAAUGUACACCUCAGCUUCGGCUUGCUAGCUCGUUGCUAACAGUACAAGUUUACAUGGAGUUUUUCCCACUUUGUAACUCAAACAGUUCAAAACUGAGAAAAAUAUAUAUAUAAAUUUGAGCUCCCAGUUCCAGGUUACGUCGAACACAUCAUUAGCUGCAUAGCUCCAAUGCUGAGCUAAGGAAGCAAAUUUGUUUUGUUUUGGAGUAAGAGGGGAAAAUUAGCUGGUUAGCUUGAGCUAGCUAUCAUAAGUUUGAGCUUUUCCAGACUAUUCCUUGAAGCAAACAAGUGUCCUCCUCUGGUCGCAGCCUUCCUCUUCUCUGUUGGAAAGGCUUGACCUUCAGAUGAAGCUAAUAGCUAGCUGUCCAGCUCAUUAGCCAAAUCAAAUGGCUGAGGGUUGAAAAUGGAGGGAGUUGAGUGAAGUGCGUUGCUGUGGUGAAUGUUAAAGUCGGCUUGAGGAAAGCUGUAUUACAGGUUCUCAUCUGUAAAGGUUGCUGAACACACUUUUGAAUCAGUGUCCAGCCGACCUUCGUUCGCUUUCUCGUUUUUGAGUUUUUGAAGUAGAGUUUAAGACCUUUAUGGCCUCAUUGUUUUGAAUGUGUAAAGAGGUGACAAAUAAAGGAUUUGGUUGGAAAGCA